AAUAAAUUAAUAUGGCUGCACACAGGUGAAUCAGAGGGAGCAACGUGUGUUGUGGUUGUAUCAAAGCAAGGUCUUGUGACUAUGCAAAGAGCCUUAUUAGUGGCAACAUUACCUAACAUUCAGCGUGUUAUAAAGAGGUGCGCGUCAACGUCUGUUACAAUGGCACAGAAAAUAGCCAUCGUGAACUACACGUCGGAAAGAGACCGCAUAGAACUGUCGUUCAAAUAUGGAACGGAUGAUCUGCCUGAGAGACAGUUCAAUUUUAAUCGUUCGUCUGAUGAAAACGUUGGAUGUGCGCUGACAAGGAUUGCAACUAACAUAAACAGCCAACUGGAAAAGAAGACAAAGAGGAAAAAGAGCAAAAAAUCAGCUGAAGCGGAAGAGCAACCGAAACUCCAAAAUGAAGUAGAAGUAACGCUUAAGUACCAGGAUGAGGUUGUAGGAAAUAAUCAGCCCAACAAUGAAGCUUGGAAAGAAGGCGCUGUUCUGGAGGUUGGCAGUCAGAAAUAUGUUGUUUCUUUAAAUGCCCCAAGUGUACGGAGCAUUCGGUUGCCAAAAGUCAUCAUGGCUGGCUUCCCUGUGUUUCCCCAUGUGGAACUGGAAUAUGCAGACGUACAGCACAGUACGGCACUGUGGUACAAGUCUAAUAUUAGAGGGCAGAGCUACCCUGCGUCGGAAACUCGAACAGUUAGCAACAUGCAUUUUGUUAACUCUCACGAAGGAAACCUCAGCAUCAUACCUUCAAGCAGUGACAUUGGACGGCAUUUACUCUUAGUCUUUACACCUCGUAGUAGUACUAAACAUGGGAUACCAGUUGAAGUGACUUCCUCAACUUCCAUUGAGGCAGGACCAGGGCCAUGCCCGUUUGAAACAAGACAUGCAUUUACUACAAGUUACACAGAACCUGGCAGGUUUCGAUGCAUCUCUUAUAACAUCUUGGCAGAUGUCUAUGCUGACACGAAGUAUACGAAAGCUGUGCUAUUUCCAUACUGCCCACCUUAUGCACUGGACGUAGGUUACCGGAAGUUGCUUCUAGUUAAAGAAAUACUAGGUUACAGAGGUGAUGUAAUUUGCCUCCAGGAAGUGGACAGAAAAGUCUAUCAGUAUGACCUGGAACCUCUGUUUAAUGCCAGUGGCCUGAAUGGUUUCUACACAGAGAAGGGGGGCAAUUUAGCGGAAGGAAUGGCUUGCUUUUACAGAGCAUCAAAAUUCCGAUGUUUGGAGAAAGAAAGUAUAAUUUUAUCAAAAACCCUCGCUGAGGUGACAUACUUAUCCGAUAUACUGUAUAGCAUUAACCAAAAUACACAGCUGCGGGACAGGAUGCUAAACCUCCCCACUGCUUUGCAGGUGGUGCUUCUGGAAUGUGUGGAGAAUAAAAAUAGAUUUCUUUUAGUUGCCAACACACACUUAUAUUUUCAUCCAGACUCUGACCAUAUUCGGCUGCUUCAGGCUUAUUGUUGCAUACGAACUAUUCAGUGGCUGUGUACAGAAUAUACAGAGAAGUAUGGUGUAUCACCUGCUGUGGUAUUUGCUGGGGAUUUCAACAGCUGCCCUGAAUUCGGAGUGUACAAAUUAAUGACUACAGGACAUGUAUCCGAGUCUUCACCAGACUGGCAGAGCAAUGUCGUAGAGGCUGUAAGUGGUUUGGAAGCAGUGCAAACCAUACCCUUGAAGAGUGCAUGUGGGACACCAGAAUAUACAAAUUACACCACCGGUUUCCAAGGUUGCCUGGAUUAUAUCUUCUUUGAAGACCAAAAACUUGCUGUUGACGAAGUGGUACCAAUGCCUUCACACGAGGAAAUAACCUGUCACCAAGCCCUUCCCAGCAUUGUCUUUCCAUCUGAUCACAUUGCCCAAAUUGCUUCACUUAAGUGGUUAUAAAUGAGAAUAAAAUGUUGUACCAACAGAACAAA